CCGCGUGGCGCGCGGCCGAAUCUCCCGCCAAAGCUGCCCCCGCCCGCCAAGGCGCGACCUAUCAGCGUCGCAGGGGCCCGCGGCGUCCCGGUCGCCUCAAUCCCGCGGGUGGGGGGCAACCUUUUCCUUAGGCCUCUCCUCAGCCCACGGCGUCCAUCCGGCUCCCGAGCCGAGCGCCGGGCUGUCGGGCUUCGCGGCUGCCUGCGGUCCUGAGGCCUCGCCCUAGCCCCAGUCGGCUCGCGAGGCGCGCGCAGCUGAGUGGACCCCUGCGGCGUGGCCCGAUGGUCUCGCCCGACCCGGAGCGCGCGGGAGGCCGAGGGGGCGGGGCCCGGCGCCCACAUAAAGGCGGUUGGGGGCAGGGCGCGUAGAGCUUGUGAGCGUCGGCGCGGGGACGCAGGUCUCUGCCUCAGGCCCGGCCCUUCCCUGCUCUGCGCUCCCUGCCCACGUCGCCGCCGCCUCAGCCCCGGCCCUGCGCUGCGCGCCCGGCCCGUGCCGCCAUGGCCUGCCGCCCGCGAAGCCCGCCGAGGCAUCAGAGCCGCUGCGACGGUGACGCCAGCCCGCCGUCCCCCGCGCGAUGGAGCCUGGGACGGAAGCGCAGAGCCGACGGCAGGCGCUGGAGGCCCGAAGACGCCGAGGAGGCAGAGCACCGCGGCGCCGAGCGCAGACCCGAGAGAUAUAAAAGGAAACUCCUCAUCAAUGACUUUGGAAGAGAGAGAAAAUCAUCAUCAGGAAGUUCUGAUUCAAAGGAGUCUAUGUCUACUGUGCCGGCUGACUUUGAGACAGAUGAAAGUGUCCUAAUGAGGAGACAGAAGCAGAUCAACUAUGGGAAGAACACAAUUGCCUACGAUCGUUAUAUUAAAGAAGUCCCAAGACACCUUCGACAACCUGGCAUUCAUCCCAAGACCCCUAAUAAAUUUAAGAAGUAUAGUCGACGUUCAUGGGACCAGCAAAUCAAGCUCUGGAAGGUGGCUCUGCAUUUUUGGGAUCCUCCAGCUGAAGAAGGAUGUGAUUUGCAAGAAAUACACCCUGUAGACCUUGAAUCUGCAGAAAGCAGCUCUGAGCCCCAGACCAGCUCUCAGGAUGACUUUGAUGUGUACUCUGGCACACCCACGAAGGUUAGACACAUGGACAGUCAAGUGGAGGAUGAGUUUGAUUUGGAAGCUUGUUUAACUGAACCCUUGAGAGACUUCUCAGCCAUGAGCUAACUGCCACCUGGCGGCCAAGAAGAGAAACAGCUCCUCCCCGACUAGGUGGAAGGCUGGCCAGGCACCAAGCAUGUGUGUGCACUUGUACCUGGUGGUUUCUCUGUUAGUAGUCCAUUAUCUCAUGAUGAAUUAUUUUUGCCUUACUUUCUUAAGAAACAUUAAUUUUAUGUAUAGUGAGUAUAUUUUGCAUGUUUUAAAUUGUAAAUGGAGCUAAAUCCAAGAAAGUACUUGAAGCAAUCUUCCAGCGAGCUUAGUUGCGUAAUCCCUGUUGUCCUCCAGGGUAAGCUGACAGGUCUACUUAACUGGUUUUCCACGGGCAUCUUCAGUUGCUGCUUGUCAGAUGGAGUGUUUUGGAUUUAACCAUGUAAUCCAUGGGACCAAUUGAGAGUCAGCUACUUUUAUAGGCAUCAAAGUAUUCUCAGACACCUUUAAUAUCUUUAUGGAAACUUAAUUUUUGGCCUUUUAUCAAUAUGUCAUAACAGCACUCUGAUGUCAGACAUUGUUAAAUUGAGCUAUUAAACGAAUAGGUUUUAUGUAAGUUAUAUGGUCUUAAUUUGGUACUUGUAAAUAGCACUAGUUAGACUCUUUAGAAUACUCCAAGAGUUGGGCAGCAGAGUGAAGCGAUUUAGAAAGAACAUUUUAAAACAAUCAGUUAAUUUACCAUGUAAAAUUGCUGUAAAUGAUAAUGUGUACAGAUUUUCUGUUCAAAUAUUCAAUUGUAAACUUCUUGUUAAGACUGUUAUGUUUCUAUUGCUUUUGUAUGAGAUAUUGCAAAAAUAAAAAGAAAAGAACCCUCUU